UUGAAGAUCCAAGAUGGCGGCGCGCGUGACUACGCGUUGGCGUUCGUAGCCGCAUAUACAGAGAGCGCGUAUGUACAGUCGACGGGAUUUACGCGGCGGCGUGCGCCCUUAACGACCAGGUAAGGUACCCUCCUCGGAUUUCCGCGAGUUUUCCGCAAGCGGACGGAGUGCGGAGUGCCUGGGACGAGAAGAUCAUCAAGUUUGUCCUCGAGAACCCGUCCGGCGUCGCGUGGCGGACCUCCAACGAAUUCGUCUUCGAUUCUGCCAACUGCUUCCGGCACUGGGCUCGGCCCCGGCUGACGUUUCUCGACUUCGUCACGGCGAGGAGCUCCGACGCCUCCCGAAACCCUUUUGGAAGCCGAGAUCGCCGCGCAAAAGGCCGAAAAGGCCCGCUCUUUGCAGGAAGUCUGGAACGUUCCUCUGCUUCGGUGGCGAAGUGCCGAAUCGGUUCAAGGUGACUCUGUUUUCUUGGACCGAGGCAGAUCGACAGGUUGACGGUGCUGCGAGUCGAUUUCUCUGCGUCUCGGCAUCUUGGUUUUGUAAAUGAGUAUUACAUCAGUUUCAAAGUGACUUCAUCAUCUUUUGGAGGAAAGUGCAUCGAUACGUCGGCAGUGGGUGAGGUGCGAGGGGAUUGGUCUUUUGAAGGCGGAGGAGAAAUUGCAGGAAUUUUUGAAAGCCUACAAGUCGAGCAAGGCUCCUUUCCUUGUCUUUAAGAGGAAGGACUCGGAAGUCCUAUAAAUUUCUCACAGCCAUGGGUUUGACGAUCAGCAGUCUGCUGACCCGUCUCUUCGGCAAGAAGCAGAUGAGAAUUCUUAUGGUGGGGCUCGACGCAGCAGGGAAAACCACGAUCCUGUACAAGCUGAAGCUCGGAGAGAUAGUGACAACCAUCCCCACGAUCGGCUUCAAUGUGGAGACAGUCGAAUACAAAAACAUCUGCUUCACGGUCUGGGACGUCGGUGGCCAGGACAAGAUCCGGCCACUCUGGAGGCAUUACUUCCAGAACACUCAGGGUCUCAUCUACGUGGUUGACAGCAACGACCGGGAGAGAAUCGCAGAGGCCGAAAGAGAGCUCUCUAACAUGCUGAAGGAGGAUGAGCUGCGGGACGCUGUACUAUUAGUGUUCGCCAACAAACAAGAUCUACCUAACGCCAUGUCAGCUGCGGAGCUGACUGACAAACUGGGCCUGAACUCGUUACGAGGUCGACAUUGGUACAUUCAGAGCACCUGCGCCACCCAGGGUCACGGUCUCUACGAGGGCCUCGAAUGGCUCAGCAACGAGCUCGCCAAGAAGUGAUAGAGCUUCGAGCUUCGGCUACGCUUCCACUGCUGGAAGACUGUACACUGCGUGGAAGACCUUCUUCGGGGAGGGAAGCGAGUCUGGCCUUAAGGAACGACCUAUCAAGGAUAUCUACAUUGGGAGGGUGCAGCUUCAAUCAUGUCUUCAGGAAAGUGAUACGGUGCUUGUGGUGUAUUCUAGCGCGGUCUCUUGUCACGGUGUUGGGUGUUGCAAAGAGUUUCGGUGGUAAUUUCUGCGUGGGAUUGGAACUUGCUUCGGUUUACAAAAGUUUUAUUUCAGUACGGAGAGAGAUAGCGUGAAAGCUUUUGAAUACUGGAAAUUAGGAAUAUGUUCUAAUCGGUCUACUUCGGAACUUGAUCCUCCUUUUGUGAGAGUGAUUAUUCUUCGGUCUCCUCGUGCUCGAUCUAUGGAUUUAGCGGGAAGUGGUGACUCUAAAUUCCUAGAUAUUUGAUAACAUUUCACUGCCGGUUACGUAUUGAGAGCUCCAGUUGUUUCAGUCACGAUGCACAAUGUAACAUUUUCGAUAAUUAGUUAUCUUUGUAUUUCUUGUAAAUCGAAGCUAUUCAGUUCCCACUUUAUCGGCCAGAUAUCACAGCGUAACUUAAGAUGGCCGCUUUCCUCGAAAAGGUUUACGGAGAAAGCUCCUCAUGGGUCUUGUUUGACGAUUGUCUAGGUUAUGGAUAAAAAUCUUUCGAUGUAUAAAAGUCAAAAUGCAAUGCACUCCAGUGUAGAUGUAUACCAUGGAUUGUAUGAUGUGUCGCUCCGAAGGAAAGACCUCUCAUUGGCUGCGGCCAAUCAAACUUUGAUGGCCCUUAUCGCGUUCGAGUCAGAUAUCAUAGUGUAACUUAAGUUGGCCGCCUUCCUCGAAAAGGUUUACGGAGAAAGCUCCUUCUCAUGGGUCUCGUUUGUUUAUGGUCUCCGGGAUGUUCCAAGAAAUCGGCUGGACAUUGAGUACGUUUACACACGAUGGCUUACACUGGUUUUAUGACUAUCCGUGUUAAACGCGGUAUAAACGCCGUUUUAUGCGAUGGUCCCGGUAAAAUCGGAUUAAAAAUACGUUUAUACACUUAAUGGCAGUAAUUGUAACAUCGAUAGGUAUAAAACCAGUAUAAGAUUGGACGUGUAAAUGUAUUAAUUGAGUACAUUUACAUGUGUUACCUAAAGCUGCAGAUAUAAAACCGGUGAAAAAUUGCAUGUGUAAACUGAUUGGUAAUUAUAAAACCGGGGGAAGGCAGGAUGUGUAAAUGUACUAAUCGUGAGGUUCCACUUCCACCUUAGUGUUGGAUUUCGGCUGAGUUCGAGCCCAGUAUCAAAAUUGACUACGUAUCCAUCUUACUUCGAAAUCCAGGAUUUAUCGGGUUCAAAUCCAGUAAAUCCGAAUUUAAACGUCGAUCGAGACGCUCAGGAAGUCGAUUCUGUAACUUUGACUACAGUGCUCACUUCUCGCGUUGUCAUCUCACGUGAAUUUAUUCGUCCGGUUCUCCAAGUGAAAAUGUGAAAUCGAAAGCCUGAAGAAACUCGGUUCGAGAUUUCGGAGUUUCUGGGCGAGUAAUGUCACGCGAAUUAUCUCACAUUUUUACCAUAGGGAAUAUUACGGAAUCUCAGGUGUUCACUUAGAGUUUUCACUGUUUUCCAAUUCUCCAAGUGAUAAUGUGAGUUCUCUAGAGCGAAGGUAGUCUCACGCGAAUUAUCUCACAUUUUUACCAUAGGUGUUCACUUUCAGAAUUUUCACUGUUUUCCAAUUCUCCAAGUGAAAAUGUGAGUUCUCUAGAGCGAAGGUAAUCUCGCAGUUUUUGGGCGAGUAGUCUCACGCGAGGUAUCUCACAUUUUUACCAUAGGGAAUAUGGAACCGCGGGAGGCAUUCACUUUUAGAAUUUUCACUAGAUUCGAGUUACAGAAUCGACCCCCAGGAUCGAAUCGACGCGUCUGUGUCGUUUGUUAACUCUACGGUCUCUUGCUUUCACUAAUGUACACUUAAGCGGCUCAGGUGGUGAAUUUUCACCGGUUACCCUUUGUACUACCUUCGACGGAUAAUAAAUAUUAAGAACGACUUUGA